GUACUUGAUAGUAAAUUUGUACUAUGGCUGCGUUGUGUGUCACUAUCGUUCUCUGGGCACUGACCGCUACACCUUCUGAAGGAUCUGUUUCUGGGUGCGUCAAUAUCACUUUGAAUGACACGCUGGACAUUGGACGUUGCAUUGGCGGUAGACUGAACUAUUGCUCUUCAUCACUGCUCCCUGUGACCAACUUGGUUACCGGAGUAACGACAAUUGUUAAGUGUGUCAUGACCGGCCUCCGUCAGUAUGGUUCGCCCGACGGUGUAGUGAACGCACUGGGACCUUUACUUCAAAUCAUCGGCAACCGUCUAACUGCCGUAGAGGAACUGGGCCGCUCCACACUUGGAAACCUUACUCUUGGUGGGACUAGCACUGCUGUGAACAUGUUGAAGAAUGUCAACACUUGCAACGGGUCCAUCAACAUUUUGUUACCAGGUGUCAUAAACAUGAGCGCCUGCAUCCUGAAAAGUCUUCCUCAAGUGCAGCUUAUGACUACGAUAACAAACGUCGCCUGUGAUCUGCAACAACUUCUGCUCAACAUCCAGAGCUCGACCGUUGGCCCCACAGUGACCACUAUCUUGACUAUCCUCAGUCCAAUUUUCAACGAAUGUGGUCAUUGA